CCUUUUAGGGUUCAGAUUUACUCUCCAUUCAGUCUGUGGUCUUUAGCUUUUGGCAAACUUUCAAAGAAACCUCGCUUUUGCAGAGACUGCACCCACUUUAUUCUUCCACACUUGGGUGGUGGAGAACCAAAGGUCACUUGAGUAAUGCCUGACCUGCCACCACUUUAGCUCAUGCGCUAGCCGACACUCUCUUGCCUCGCAACUGCCUCUGCCCUAGUUUGGAGGGGGUCUGGCUUUUGAGGGCCCGUGAAGGUAAUUAAUCCAAACAGCCACUUUGCAAGUGAACGCUGAGAGUUCGGCCUAUUUGUAGUGGAGGUUCAGCAACUCACAAUGCUUGGCUUUAUGGGCAGUUUACAACGCAGCCAGAUUCAGUUCUCAAAAAACCAAAACCCCAAGGACCCUGCCUUUUAAUCAGAGAAGAACGAAAAACAUAGGCUGACCUAACUGCAAGGUCACGGCAAAUGUUUUAAAGUGCAGGAGCUUUGACCCUCCCCUCCCCCAUUUUGCUAUGAUUGUCUAGGUAUUUCUUUGAAAGCCAGAGGACACUGUCAGUAAUUGCUAAAAUAAUAGCUGUCUGUUGAGCGGGUAUUAUCGUAGUGUGGACAGGGGCCCCAUUAUUGCGCACGUUCUGUGCUGUGCGGCAGGGAGCCGGUUGCUAACGCGGGUGCGUCUGGGCUCCGCGGGCCUGGGCCGCCGGGAACCGGAGCCAGCUGGGGGCGGGGCCUCGGGACCCCGCCAGUGCGCAUGGGCGACGUCUUCUCCUACGGACCCCCUUCAAUUUCCGCCAUGGUCGGAAACGUAGCGAAUGCAGUUAGCUGAGUGUCAGCUGAGCGCGCCGGUCGCCGGAGUGUCAGCUGAGCGCGCUGGUGGCCGGAAUGGCUGAUGAAAAAGGCUCCUUGAGGGGAGGCGUAGAGAAAGGAGAGGAGCCAGCGGGGACCAUCGCUGGUAGUGCGUUCUCUGUGAAACGGGUGGAGGACGAGGAAGAACCGAUGAAGGUGGAAGUGGCGGUGGGGGCUGAUGGCUGCCCUGACGACCUCAGCUGCCGGGAGGCCGACAUAGACCCAUACCUCCUAGGGCUUGCGGAUGACGAGGAGAAAUGCCGGAAAAUCCGCAGGCAGUACCGACAGCUCAUCUAUAGUGUCCAGCAGAACCGUGAUGACAUAGUGAACACGGCGAGCGACACGUUAAGCGAGGCCCUUGAAGAAGCCAAUGUCCUGUUUGAUGGAGUGAGCCGAACCAGAGAAGCAGCACUCGAUGCCCAGUUUCUUGUUUUGGCUUCUGAUUUGGGUAAAGAGAAAGCAAAGCAACUGAACUGUGAUAUGAGCUUUUUUAAUCAAGUAGCGUUUUGUGACUUUCUGUUUAUAUUUGUGGGCCUGAACUGGAUGGAAGAUGAUGAACGUGAUGAAUUGAGUGGCUGUGAUGAUAAUAUAGCUCUUUCCUUCUGGGAGACAGUACAGAAGGAAGCAACAUCCUGGAUAGUGCAAGCUGAAACAUUCCACUUUAUUUUUGGUUCAUUCAAGUCUAAGCCUUCUGCACCAAAGCCCCGACUUGAACACCAGAAGAAAGCUCACAAAAUGGAAGAAAAUGGGGCUAUGCCUACAAAGCUGAGGAAGUUGGACCUGAGUAAUAAUCAAGAAGCAACAGAAAAAGAAGUAGAAAGAAUCUUGGGAUUGUUGCAAACUUACUUUCGAAAGUAUCCUGAUACUCCUGUGUCCUAUUUUGAGUUUGUGAUUGAUCCAAACUCUUUUUCUCGUACUGUGGAGAAUAUAUUUUAUGUUUCUUUCAUUAUAAGGGAUGGUUUUGCAAGAAUAAGGCUUGACCAAGACAGGCUGCCAAUAUUAGAACCGAUUAAUAUUAACCAAGUGGGUGAGGGAAAUGAUCCCAGUUCUCAUGGCAGGAGACAAGGAGUUAUAUCUUUAAGUUUACAGGACUGGAAAAAUAUUGUGGCAACUUUUGAGAUUUCAGAGGCUAUGAUCACAAACUCAUACUAGGGACUUUUGUUCUUAGUAUAGGAUGUAUUUUGUGGCUUUUCCAAAGUAUCUCAAAAUUGAGAGUAAGAUCCAAGCAGAAGCACAUAGUGUAUUUCAUGUAAAGUGAAAAAGUAUUUUCAAAACAUCAGAAAUUGUUUUACUGUGCAAUGUAUUUUUUUUUGGUAGUUUAUGAAGUUGUCAUGAUCUGUUAUUAAAAAAUAUUCAUUGGCAUGUUCACGGAAAGAUUUUUUUUGAAUGCCCAUUAAGACUUUACCAAUAAAAGUCAGUUCUGAAUUUCCUAAAAGGCAUUGAUAAUUUACCAAAAACUCAAUUUUAUGAUGCACUGUGAUACUACAUUGCUUCUUUUGUUACAGGGAACCAAAGGAAUCCCGUAUGAGGCUCCGACAAGGUUGGGGGAAGAGUGGGUAUUAAAAAAAAAAAAAGUCAAGAAAGACUUUAUACAUAGGUCAGUGAAUAAGCGAUGCAACACUAUUUUUAAAAAAUGUAGAUUCCUUGCUUCAUUGCAAGGAAGACUCCAUAAGAUUAAUGCGUGGGUGUCCAUAUUCUAAAUAGUUUCUCCUGUGAUUGGACAAAAUAACCUCUACAGUAGAUAGGUGAGGCAUCAUUUAAGUGUGUGCUGAAAGGUAAGUAGGGAUUAAUCAAAGACAGCAGAGGUAUUCUCGGCAGGGGGAAUAUGGAGGCCAAAUAGAGGCCAAGAGUUACAGUCUUUAUCUACUUGGUUAAUGUCUUCUCUGGCCUCUAAUUUCCAAACCCUUUGUGGUUGCUGCUGGUACACAGAUUGGCCUUCAGAAUCAGUGGUGUUUCAUUAUGUAACAGCCUUGAAUAUUCCCAGUUCAAUUUUGUGUUUCUUAUGAGGGCUUUAAAUGCCUGGAAACUAUCUCUGUUUAUGCUGAAAUAUAUAACUAACUUGCCCAUAUGUUCUUUACUUCACCAUAAAGACUUGU